AUUUCCUCCUCUGUACCACAGGGUGAAGAGCAGCCCUAUUCUCUGGAGUUGUUGUCAGAAUUCACUGAGGAGUACACCAAACGUUUAGGAGACUUAGGAGUGUCCAGAAUGUGCCGGUUACUAUUAUUAAGCAGUUUUUCUUUCUACCUACUAGAAAAUCACAGAAAUAGCACAACUCAGAAUAUACUUACUUGGGGAAAUUCCUGUGUCAUCAACUUAAAGAAUAUGAACACUUUCUGAUCCAAAAUUGGGACACUGGCUUGACAAGUGUAAAUAUAACUUGAGGCGCUGGGACAUAAUAUUUCAAAGGAGGACUCUUUUAGCAAUCCUGCAAGCAAACAAAUCAACAAGACCUCUAUGUAACUACAUUUUAAAAUCUCUGUUUUUAAAAAAAUUAAGUGCAAGUACAAAAAUGACUCUUAUUGACUCUGAAGUGAGGACUGCAACUUUUAUUUAUAUUGCCCAAAAAAAAAAGCAUCUGGGCUUCAUGCAUCAUUUUCUGAUCAUUUUCUGAUUUAGUUGGAGAAUUAUUACUUGAUAACAAGAAGGGCUGAGCUUCCUUUUUCAAAAUCUCAUGCCAUUUAUCUUAAUUCUGGUGCAUCUGAUAAGAACUUCCUCUAGAGCCAGGAAACUUUGCAAGUAUGAAAUAAUCUGAAAGGAGGACGUAAAGAAGGAAGUAACUGACCAAAGCAAAAAAGGGGAACAUCAAAGCAGGUUUAACCAAAAGAACAGAAGGGAGCUUGGCACAGCAGUCUCAAGGUGUCUGGAUGGCAGAUCGUUCAACCUUCUCUUUCUUGAGUUGUCUACUCUGCCAUUAUCUUCCACUCAUUUCUGCUUCAUUUUGUGAUUCAUUUAUAGAAAGGGAAGUGGAGUCGAGUAAAAUCCCCCCCGACAUCGUGCAAGUAUACAUUAAUGAUUGUACUGUAAAAAACAUCACAUACAACAAGAACGAUCUUCAAAGACUCCGUUUACUCAACCUCUCCUCUAAUUGUAUCAGGACUUUGCCAAAUGAUGUUCUUUCACAUGUGAAAAAUAAAUGCCUGAAAGAGCUUCCAAGAUUGUUUCUUAACUCUACCCUACAAGGAAUUACGCUGGUCUGCACCUGUGAAUUCAUUAAGGGCCACACCACACUACUAAACACUGCUUGUGCAGAAAUGUUGAAAAGCUGUGGAAAUACUUCAGUGGCCGUUUCUAUAGGACUUUCCCUUCUUUUACUGUUGUUGAUCUGUGGAAUUGGGUGUGUUUGGCACUGGAAACACCAUAACCCAGUGCAAUUUACCUUACCAAGGUUUUUGCAGAGGAGAAGAAGCAGGAGAAAAGACUAUGCUAAAACGCUCUCAGAUCCCCUCACUGUCAACUCAAGGCAUAAAAUCUCAGUUCAGGCCCAAGACUAUACAUCUUCUGGAAGAGGGGUUAACAUGUAUGACAACUAUGAAAAUGUGGAAGUCGGUCCUCCCAGAGCUAAAGAAGAAACUGAUAAGGAACUAUAUGAGAACACUCGGCCCACCAAUUUCGAGGAGCAUAUCUAUGGAAAUGAGACAUCAUCUCAAUAUUACAACUUCCAGAAGCCUAGCACUUCUGAAGUCUCUCAAGAUGAAGACAUAUAUAUUCUUCCAGAUUCAUAACUUUUCAAAACACUGGGUUCAGUUAUUAGAGGAUAAAUAUUCACUGGGACUUUUAUUGUACUUAU